AUGUCACCGAUCGUUGGAGCAACCAAGGCGCCGUCGAUGAGGGCUUUGACGGCAAGGCUGAAGGAGAUCCAGUUGAACUUCAACGACAUCUACCGCUUCGCUCAGGCAUUUUCCGAUGCCAACAGUGGUACUGAAGUGGAAAUUCGCAUGGGAAAACUGGAUGAGCUGUGGGAUGCCUACAGCGAAACCAUGGUGGAGAUCUACGCACACGAGGACUACAAUCCCGAAAAGGCUUCGUUGGAGAAGGAACGUGUGGAGUUCAGCGACCAAUACUACCAGAUCAAGUCCUUCCUUAUGGACAAGAUCAAGGAGCUUCAGAAACCUUCGAUUCUGGAGCAGCCUGUUCGUGCUGCUGAUGGAGCACCAUCGAACACCAGCGAUCACGUCCGUCUGCCGCAGAUCAAACUGCAGACGUUCAACGGCGAUAUCGACGAUUGGCUGAGCUUCCGCGACCUAUUCACGUCGCUCAUCCACUGGAAGGUGGAUCUACCGGAAGUGGAAAAAUUCCACUAUUUGAAGGGCUGUCUCCAGGGUGAACCCAAGGCCCUGAUUGAUCCUCUUCCAAUCACGAAGGCCAACUACCAGGUGGCAUGGAACUCGCUGCUGAAGCGCUACAAUAAUAGCAAGCAGCUAAGGAAGCCGCAGGUGCCAGGACUCUUCAAACUGCCCACACUUUCCAAGGAAUCCGGAGCCGAGCUACACAUCCUAGUAGAAGGCUUCGAACGAAUCGUGCAGACCCUGGACCAGGUCGUUCAACCGAACGAAUACAAGGAUCUUCUGUUGGUGAACAUCCUUACAGCACGAUUGGACCCGGUCACGCGUAGGGGGUGGGAAGAAGUGUCAUCCACGAAGGCGCAGGACACCCUAGAGGAUUUGUUCGAGUUUCUGCGGCGUCGAAUCCAGGUUUUGGAUAGUCUUCCACCGAAAUCCACCGAUACUAGGGGUGUCGGUCAGCAGCAACAACAACCAAAAUCGAGGCAACCAUCCAUGAAGGCCAGCUACAGUUCUUCCCAAUCUACCCAGGCGUCUAGGGGACGCUGCGUUGCAUGCUCAUCGGAUCAUUUCCUCUUCCAGUGCAACGAGUUUCAACGGAUGACAGUAUCCAACAGGGAUGGUCUCCUGAGGUCCCAUGGCCUGUGUCGGAACUGUUUCAGAGUGGGACAUCAGGCUAAGGAAUGCCAAUCCAAAUACUCCUGUCGAAACUGUAAGGGGCGUCACCAUACCCUGGUCUGUUUCAAGCAGGAGAAGGAAAAGGAACCCAAGGUUGCGACAGUUGCUGGGGGCAACAAGCCGUCGAAUUCCAAGGAACAACAAGAAUCCAACUCCCAAGUGGCUAAUGUGGCAGCCACGGAAACUGCAGUAUCCGCUGCAGCACACCAACAUCCAACACAGGUUCUUCUAGCAACAACAGUUGUAAUGAUCGAGGAUGACGUUGGCAAUCGCUUCCCCGCUCGUGCACUGCUGGAUUCCGGAUCCGAAAGUAAUUUUAUUACUCAGCGAUUGGGUCAACGGUUACAAGUCCAUCGAGAUCGGGUAGAUAUUUCGGUGGCAGGAAUUGGCCAAGCAGCUACCAAGGUUCGGCAACGGAUUCAUGCGGUUCUUCGGUCACGAGUUUCCGACUUUUCUCGUGAGUUAGGCUUCCUAGUUCUUCCAAGGGUAACAGUUAACCUCCCAACAACUGCUAUCAACACCAAUGGAUGGAAUCUUCCAAGUGGGAUUCAACUGGCGGAUCCCACCUUCUUCGAAUCGAGCGUGGUAGACCUCGUGCUCGGUAUCGAGUGUUUUUUCGAGUUUUUCGAAUCCGGAAGGAGGAUUUCCCUAGGGGAGCAACUCCCAGCCCUGACCGAGUCCGUGUUCGGUUGGGUAGUCAGCGGCGGUAUUUCGGUUCCAGCUCGUUCCCUACACAUCAGCUGCAACGUUUCCACGCUGGACAAUUUGGAAAUUCUGAUCACUCGCUUUUGGUCCUGCGAGGAAGUAGGGACAGGCAAGGCUUAUUCACCAGAGGAGGUACGUUGCGAGAAAUGGUUCUCCAGCACGGUUCAACGGGAGCCUAGCGGUCGGUACACGGUUGCUUUACCAAGGACGGAAGAUGCUGUGUUACGAUUAGGCGAAUCGAGGGACAUAGCAUUCCGGAGACUCCACGGGACCGAAAGAAGAUUGGCUCGGGACUCAUCGCUCCGAGAACAGUACGUUGCGUUUAUGGCGGAAUAUCUCGAUCUAGGACACAUGAGAUUGAUAGACGAGGCUUCGGAGACUUCAAUCAAACGGUGCUACUUGCCACACCAUCCCGUGGUAAAAGAAGCUUCAACCACAACGAAGGUUCGGGUAGUGUUUGAUGCUUCGUGCAAAACGGCAACAGGAGUCUCACUAAACGACGUGCUACUGGUGGGGCCGGUAGUUCAGGAAGAUCUUCGAUCCAUAAUCCUCCGCUGUCGGACCAAGCAAAUCAUGUUGGUGUCGGAUGUGGAAAAAAUGUUUCGGCAAAUCAUCGUCCGUCCAGAAGAUCGCCCGCUGCAGUGUAUUCUCUGGAGAAACUCACCAUCGGAAGACGUUCAUACGUUUGAGCUGAACACAGUGACGUACGGAACGAAGCCAGCACCCUUUUUGGCCACAAGGACACUUCGGCAGCUCGCACUGGAUGAGGAAGGAAGAUUUCCGCUCGCGGCACGAGCGGCCAUGGAAGACACCUAUAUGGAUGACGUCAUCACGGGUGCGAACGAUGUGGAAACCGCCACGGAGUUGCAAGGGCAGCUAAAUACGAUGUUGUCAGGAGGAGGAUUUCAACUACGGAAAUGA